GACCAUGGAUCAAAAGAUUCCGUAUGAUGAUUAUCAACUCCCCGUGGUCUUUCUGCCCUCCUAUGAAAACCCACCUGCAUGGAUUCCACCGCAGGAUAGGAUUCAUCACCCUGACUACAACAAUGAACUUACCCAGUUCCUGCCUCGCAAUAUUGUGUUAAAGAAGCCACCAGGUGCUCAGCUGGGCUUCAACAUCCGUGGAGGAAAAGCUUCACAACUUGGCAUCUUCAUUUCUAAGGUUGUACCCGAUUCCGAUGCUCACAGGGCUGGCCUUCAAGAGGGGGAUCAAGUUCUGUCAGUCAAUGAUGUGGAUUUCCAGGAUAUAGAACACUCAAGGGCUGUGGAAAUUUUGAAGACGGCCAGAGAGAUUGUUAUGAGAGUCCGCUACUUCCCUUACAACUACCAGAGACAGAAGGAGAGGACUGUACACUAGGUGGCAGCAGAGAGCCGUGGUGUGAGGGACUAACAUCAUGGAGGCACUGAUAUUACCGUUGUGCCAACACUAAAAGAAGUGACGCAUUCAAAACAUACACACAAGAACACUUUUUUUUUUUACUUGCUUCUUGAUCCCUAUGCUACUCCUACCACUGGGCUAAAUAUUCAUUUCAGAACGGCGCACUCUGAGAGAAACAGAGAAAGAAGUCCCACCCUGUCCCUCAUUCUGUGCCAUUUACGCAACAUUCUGCGUACUUUUAUACUGAGCGCUUUACUGCUUUCCAGUUUUGGAAAACUACUGUCUGUCGGUAGCAGUGUGCUUGCAUUGUUAAUUGCAAGUACUGUAAAUGCAUGAUUAUGUAUGAAAAAUGACUAUCCAAGUUCAUAGAUGACAUGUAAACUGUAACCUGCUGUAUAUCUAUGAUCAUGAAAGAAUAGAUAAGUAAAUGCUAAAGUAAACACUAAAUAUUAGGUGCUUUUGGUAAUUUAAUCAUACAUUGUUGUAAUUUAAACAAGUAUAAGUCUUCAUUAAUAGUGGUUUUAUGAAGCUGUACAAAAAAUAUAUAUAUAAUUAUGCUGUCCUGCUGAUGUACGAAUAGCUACUGAUAGAAAUGAUUAUGACUUAAUUUUAAAAAAAAUGACACGUAGAUGGAUGUUAUUACUAAACACGUUUAUCAUGUGAUUGCUGACGUAGUACCUUAAAGUUCACUUUCAGAAAUUGUGAACACAAGCAGAAAUGUCAGUACAUUUAUCACGCAUGUUUUCAACAUCAGCAGUUGAGUUAAAUCCUCACCCUGUAACACUAACCACCUUUUUUUUGUUUGUUUUUUUUUUAAUCUGGAGAAAGUUUGGUUUUAAACUGUACUAUGAAUAGGAUUCCAUUUUAGUCAUGCAGGGAAAAAAAACAAGCAGGUAUCAAAAUCAGAGUGAUUUUUUAAGGCAGAUAAGGCAAAAGUGAAAUUCUGUACUGUUUGAGACUGAAAUUUGUGCAGUGUUUUACAACAAACUGGACUAUUCUUAGUCGCUGACCAACUGAAACAUCUUGUUGCAAUUAAUAAGAACUUAGUGUAUUUUUGAGCAAUUCAGUGCAUGAUUGCCAGUUAUAUCUGGAGUCCAUGUUUACUGUAUGUGUGGG